CGGUGCAGGCCGUGCGCAGAGGCGGGGGGCGAUGGCGAGACGGCUGCUGUGUUGGGGUCUCGGGGGACCGCCGACCCCGCUGCUCGUGGUGCUUCUCCUCUCUUUGUUCCCCCUUAGCCAGGAGGAGCUGGGGGGCGGCAAGGACCAAGGCUGGGACCCGGGAGUACCUGCUGCUGCGGGGCGGAGGGUGCAGAUCGGCGGCAGAGCCUUAGCCCUUUGUCCCCAGCCGCCGGAGUCCAGGGAGGAGAGACCUGGUCUACGAGAUGGGAAGCCCGUCGUCACAGGGCUCCGAGGGGAACAGCAGCGCGCCUGGGUCGGGCGGGGACCCCUAGAGCGGCCAGACUCAGAUCUAGAGGUGCAGGCAUCGGGCAGGCUCCAGAGAGAGACAGGGCAGGGCCUAGGGUCUCUAUUAUGCCCAGAGUUCUCCGGUGGAGAAACGAGGACUUUCCGAAGAGGCGAUCUGUCGCCAGAGGCUCUGUCCCUAGGACCCCCAGGUCUGAGGAACACGCUGCCCCUUCCUUCGGACCUUUUGGCUCAGUACGGUGGUUCCCAGCCAGUGUCCUUCCAGUGUCACGCUAGGAGAAGUGCCCGCAAAAGAGUGGGCACCAUGCGCUGCUGUGGGGAAUUGUGGGCACCGGGGCGCAGAAGUCUGGGCGAGAGAGCGGCUACAGCCCCAGAGGACAGGACGUUUCCUCGGCGGGACUGUCUUCCUGGGGUUGGGGGGUCUUGCCGUAGUUUAGAUUCAGCACCACGAAAAGUGAGGACAGCUCCAAAGCCGGGUUCAGCACUCAGCGAAUCGCGGACAGCUCCUGGACGCAUGCGCCCCGGCAGUGUCUUCCACCGCGGCUUCCUUCCACAGCGUCCCGGGCCGCGGCCGCCUGGGCAGCCCAUGCUGCAGGCCAACCCUGAAGCCUGGAGAGCAGCCUCCGCGAACCGAGCACGCUCCCGCCGCGCCGCAAACCGGCACCCGCAGUUCCCGCAGUACAACUACCAGACUCUGGUGCCUGAGAAUGAGGCGGCAGGCACCACGGUGCUGCGCGUCGUAGCACAGGACCCGGACUCAGGUGAAGCCGGGCGUUUGGUCUAUUCCCUGGCGGCGCUCAUGAACAGCCGCUCACUGGAGCUGUUUAGUAUCGAUCCGCACAGCGGCCUGAUCCGCACAGCCGCCGCCCUGGACCGCGAAAGUAUGGAACGCCACUACCUGCGUGUGACCGCACAGGACCACGGCUUGCCGCGCCUCUCGGCCACUACUAUGGUAGCUGUCACAGUGGCUGACCGCAAUGACCACUCACCGGUGUUUGAGCAGGCGCAGUACCGGGAGACCCUUCGUGAGAACGUGGAAGAGGGCUAUCCCAUCCUGCAACUGCGUGCCACGGAUGGCGAUGCACCUCUCAACGCCAACCUGCACUACCGCUUUGUGGGGCCGCCAGCUACUCGGAAGGCAGCUGCUGCUGCUUUUGAGAUUGAUCCACGCUCUGGCCUCAUCAGCACCAGUGGCCGUGUGGAUCGUGAACACAUGGAAAGCUACGAGCUGGUGGUGGAGGCCAGUGACCAGGGUCAGGAACCCGGGCCACGCUCAGCCACCGUGCGUGUACAUAUUACUGUGUUGGAUGAGAAUGACAAUGCGCCCCAAUUCAGUGAGAAGCGCUACGUGGCGCAGGUGCGUGAAGACGUGCGCCCCCACACAGUGGUACUGCGUGUCACGGCCACAGACCAAGAUAAGGAUGCCAAUGGUUUGGUACACUACAACAUCAUCAGUGGCAACAGCCGUGGCCACUUUGCCAUCGACAGCCUCACGGGUGAGAUACAGGUAGUGGCACCUCUGGACUUCGAGGCAGAGAGAGAAUAUGUCUUACGAAUCCGGGCGCAGGAUGCAGGCCGCCCCCCCUUGUCCAACAACACUGGCCUGGCCAGCAUUCAGGUGGUAGAUAUCAAUGACCAUACUCCUAUCUUUGUCAGCACACCCUUCCAGGUCUCUGUUCUGGAAAAUGCACCCCUGGGCCACUCAGUCAUCCACAUUCAGGCAGUGGAUGCAGACCAUGGGGAGAAUGCCAGGUUAGAGUACUCGCUAACUGGUGUGGCACCUGAUACACCCUUUGUGAUAAACAGUGCCACUGGCUGGGUCUCUGUGAGUGGUUCCCUGGACCGUGAGUCUGUGGAACACUAUUUCUUCGGUGUAGAGGCCCGAGAUUAUGGCUCUCCCCCACUCUCUGCCUCAGCUAGUGUCACAGUGACUGUGCUAGAUGUUAAUGACAAUCGGCCUGAAUUUACCACGAAAGAGUAUCACCUUCGGUUGAAUGAAGAUGCAGCUGUGGGCACCAGUGUGGUCAGUGUGACUGCUGUAGACCGUGAUGCCAACAAUGCCAUCAGCUACCAGAUCACAGGUGGCAAUACCCGAAAUCGAUUUGCCAUCAGCACCCAAGGAGGUGUGGGUCUGGUGACACUGGCUCUGCCACUGGAUUACAAGCAGGAACGUUACUUCAAACUGGUGCUUACUGCAUCUGAUCGCGCCCUUCAUGAUCACUGUUACGUGCACAUCAACAUCACAGAUGCCAAUACUCACCGGCCUGUCUUUCAAAGUGCUCACUAUUCAGUCAGCAUGAAUGAAGAUCGGCCAGUGGGUAGCACUGUAGUGGUCAUCAGUGCCUCUGAUGAUGAUGUAGGUGAAAACGCUCGCAUCACCUAUCUUCUGGAGGACAACCUGCCUCAGUUCCGUAUUGAUGCAGAUUCCGGGGCUAUUACCCUACAGGCUCCACUGGACUAUGAGGACCAGGUGACCUACACGCUAGCCAUUACUGCACGGGACAAUGGCAUCCCACAGAAAGCAGAUACCACUUAUGUAGAGGUGAUGGUCAAUGAUGUGAAUGACAAUGCUCCACAGUUUGUGACCUCUCAUUAUACAGGGUUGGUCUCUGAGGAUGCGCCACCUUUCACUAGCGUCCUGCAGAUCUCAGCCACUGACCGGGAUGCUCAUGCCAAUGGCCGGGUCCAGUACACAUUCCAGAAUGGAGAAGAUGGGGAUGGAGAUUUUACCAUUGAACCCACCUCUGGUAUAGUCCGGACCGUGAGGCGGCUGGACAGGGAGGCAGUGCCAGUGUAUGAGCUGACUGCCUACGCAGUGGAUCGUGGUGUGCCUCCACUGCGGACACCAGUCAGUAUCCAGGUGAUAGUGCAAGAUGUGAAUGACAAUGCACCUGUCUUCCCUGCUGAGGAGUUUGAAGUAAGGGUAAAGGAGAACAGCAUUGUGGGCUCGGUGGUGGCCCAGAUCACUGCAGUGGACCCUGAUGAAGGCCCUAAUGCCCAUAUCAUGUACCAGAUUGUGGAAGGGAACAUCCCUGAGCUGUUUCAGAUGGACAUCUUCUCAGGAGAGCUGACAGCACUCAUUGAUCUAGACUAUGAGGCUCGCCAGGAAUAUGUGAUUGUGGUGCAGGCCACUUCUGCCCCUCUGGUCAGUCGGGCCACUGUGCAUGUCCGCCUAGUUGACCAGAAUGACAACAGUCCAGUGCUCAACAACUUCCAGAUCCUCUUCAAUAACUAUGUAUCCAACCGUUCAGAUACCUUUCCCUCAGGCACUAUUGGGCGCAUCCCAGCCUAUGACCCUGAUGUCUCCGACCACCUCUUCUAUUCCUUUGAGCGUGGCAAUGAAUUGCAGCUGCUGGUGGUCAACCAGACCAGUGGAGAGCUGCGACUUAGUCGAAAGCUAGACAACAACCGCCCUUUAGUGGCCUCCAUGCUGGUGACUGUCACAGAUGGCCUGCACAGCGUGACAGCACAGUGUGUGCUGCGAGUGAUCAUCAUCACGGAGGAGCUGCUCGCCAACAGCCUGACUGUGCGCCUGGAGAACAUGUGGCAGGAGCGGUUCCUGUCCCCGCUGCUGGGCCAUUUUCUUGAAGGCGUGGCUGCCGUGCUCGCCACACCAACCGAGGACGUCUUCAUCUUCAACAUCCAGAACGACACGGACGUGGGGGGCACUGUGCUCAACGUCAGUUUCUCUGCGCUGGCCCCGCGGGGCGCGGGUGCUGGGGCUACCGCACCCUGGUUCAGCUCCGAGGAGCUGCAGGAGCAGCUGUACGUGCGCCGCGCCGCGCUGGCGGCCCGCUCGCUGCUGGACGUGCUGCCCUUCGACGACAACGUUUGCCUGCGCGAGCCCUGCGAGAACUACAUGAAGUGUGUGUCGGUGCUGCGCUUCGAUUCCUCAGCGCCCUUCCUGGCCUCGGCCUCCACUCUCUUCCGGCCCAUCCAGCCCAUCGCAGGCUUGCGCUGCCGCUGCCCUCCCGGCUUCACCGGCGACUUCUGUGAGACCGAGCUGGACCUCUGCUACUCCAACCCCUGCAGGAACGGCGGCGCCUGCGCAAGACGCGAGGGCGGCUACACCUGCGUCUGCCGCCCGCGCUUCACCGGAGAGGACUGCGAGCUGGACACGGAGGCCGGACGCUGCGUGCCUGGCAUCUGCCGCAAUGGCGGUACCUGCACCGAUGCGCCCCACGGUGGCUUCCGCUGCCAGUGCCCUGCGGGCGGUGCCUUCGAGGGCCCUCGCUGCGAGGUGGCGGCCCGCUCCUUCCCACCCAGCUCAUUCGUCAUGUUCAGGGGCCUGCGGCAGCGCUUCCACCUCACGCUGUCCCUCUCGUUUGCGACCAUGCAACCCAGCGGGCUACUUUUCUACAAUGGACGCCUGAAUGAGAAGCAUGAUUUUCUGGCCCUCGAGCUAGUGGCUGGCCAAGUGCAGCUCACAUAUUCCACUGGCGAGUCCAACACAGUGGUCAGGCCCACCGUUCCAGGGGGCUUGAGUGAUGGGCAGUGGCAUACCGUGCAUUUGAAAUACUACAACAAGCCCCGGACAGAUGCCCUAGGGGGUGCUCAGGGCCCCUCCAAGGACAAGGUGGCUGUGUUGAGUGUGGAUGACUGCAAUGUGGCUGUGGCUCUGCAGUUUGGUGCUGAGAUUGGCAACUAUUCAUGUGCAGCUGCUGGUGUGCAAACGAGCUCCAAGAAGUCCCUAGACCUGACGGGCCCUCUGCUUCUGGGAGGUGUCCCCAACCUCCCAGAGAACUUCCCUGUGUCCCACAAGGACUUCAUCGGCUGUAUGCGAGAUCUGCACAUUGAUGGCCGCCGAGUCGACAUGGCGGCCUUUGUUGCAAACAAUGGCACCUUAGCGGGCUGCCAAGCCAAGCUGCAGUUUUGUGAUUCGGGUCCAUGCAAGAACAAUGGCUUCUGCUCAGAGCGCUGGGGUGGCUUCAGCUGUGACUGCCCAGUGGGCUUUGGUGGCAGAGACUGUCAGCUCACUAUGGCCGAUCCCUACCACUUCCGUGGCAAUGGCACACUGAGCUGGAACUUUGGAAGUAACGUGGCUGUGUCUGUGCCAUUUUACCUGGGGCUGGCAUUUCGGACACGGGCGAUGCAGGGGGUCCUGAUGCAAGUGCAGGUUGGGCCACACAGCACACUCCUCUGCCAGCUAGAUCAGGGGUUGCUGUCACUGACAGUAACCAGAGGCUCCAGCCGUGUUGCCCACCUCCUGCUCGACCAAGUGACUGUCAGUGAUGGCCGGUGGCAUGAUCUACGGCUGGAGUUGCAGGAGGAGCCAAGUGGCCGGCAGGGCCACCAUGUCUUUAUGGUCUCACUGGACUUCAGCCUCUUCCAGGACACCAUGGCAGUGGGGACUGAGCUGCAUGGCCUGCAGGUAAAGCAGCUCCACGUGGGAGGCCUGCCACUCAGCAGUAAGGAAGAGGCUCCUCAGGGUUUGGUUGGCUGUGUCCAGGGUGUGUGGCUUGGUUCUGCACCCUUGGGGUCCCCAGCCCUGCUGCCCCCUAGCCACCGAGUGAAUGUGGAACCUGGCUGCAUCGUGACCAAUGCCUGUGCCUCUGCGCCCUGCCCACCCCAUGCUGACUGCCAAGACCUCUGGCAGACUUUUACCUGCACCUGCCAGCCAGGUUAUUAUGGCCCAGGCUGUGUGGACGCCUGUCUCUUGAACCCUUGUCAGAACCAGGGGUCAUGCCGGCACCUGCCUGGAGCCCCCCAUGGCUAUACCUGUGACUGCCCGGGUGGUUAUUUUGGACACCACUGUGAGCACAGGAUGGAUCAGCAGUGUCCCCGAGGCUGGUGGGGGAGCCCAACCUGUGGUCCCUGCAACUGUGAUGUUCACAAGGGCUUUGACCCCAACUGCAACAAGACAAAUGGGCAAUGUCACUGCAAGGAGUUCCACUACCGACCACGGGGCAGUGACUCGUGCCUUCCUUGUGACUGCUACCCCGUGGGCUCCACCUCGCGCUCAUGUGCACCUCACAGCGGGCAGUGUCCCUGCCGCCCAGGAGCCCUUGGCCGCCAGUGUAACAGCUGCGAUAGUCCCUUUGCAGAGGUGACAGCCAACGGCUGCCAAGUGCUCUACGAUGCCUGCCCCAAGUCCCUGAAAUCUGGUGUGUGGUGGCCUCAGACCAAGUUUGGUGUUUUGGCCACAGUGCCCUGUCCCCGGGGGGCCCAAGGAUUGCGGGGUACAGGUGCUGCUGUGCGACUCUGUGACGAGGACCAGGGUUGGCUGGAACCUGACCUUUUCAACUGUACCUCCCCUACCUUUCGAGAGCUCAGUGUGCUGCUGGAUGGCCUAGAGCAGAACAAGACUGCACUGGACACUGUGGAGGCCAAAAAGCUGGCCCAGCGGCUGCGGGAGGUGACUGCCCACAACGAAUACUACUUCAGUCAAGAUGUUCGAGUCACUGCCCGCCUGCUGGCCUACCUGCUGGCGUUUGAGAACCAUCAGCAGGGCUUUGGGCUGACAGCUACACAGGAUGCCCAUUUCAAUGAGAAUCUGCUGUGGGCCAGCUCUGCACUACUUGCUCCAGAGACAGGGGACUUGUGGGCAGCACUUGGACAGCGGGCCCCUGGGGGUUCCCCAGGCAGCACGAGGCUGGUGCAGCAUCUAGAGGAAUAUGCAGCUACACUUGCAAGAAAUAUGGAGCUCACAUACCUGAACCCUGUGGGGCUAGUGACACCCAAUAUCAUGCUCAGUAUUGACCGUAUGCAGCACCCCAGCACCCCAGCAGCCCAUCGCUAUCCUCGCUACCACAGCAAUCUUUUUCGGGGUCAGGAUGCCUGGGAUCCUCACACUCAUGUUCUGUUGCCUUCCCAGUCUCCACGGCCAUCCUUGUCUGAAGUUCUGCCCACAGGCAGCAGCAUGGAAAACUCUACCUCCUCCAGUGCAUCACCUCCACCAGCACCCCCAGAGCUGCAGCCCGAAUCUUCACUGUCCAUUGUCGUUCUCCUUGUGUAUCGCACCCUGGGGGGUCUUCUCCCUGCCCAGUUCCAGGCUGAGCGCCGAGGCACCAGGCUGCCCCAGAACCCUGUUAUGAACUCCCCGGUGGUCAGCGUGGCUGUGUUUCAUGGACAUAACUUCUUAAGCGGUGUCCUGGAGCCCCCAAUCAGCCUUGAGUUUCACCUGCUACAGACAGCGAACCGGAGCAAGGCGAUCUGUGUGCAGUGGGACCCUCCUGGCCCGGAGGACCAGCAUGGGAUGUGGACUGCACGGGACUGUGAGCUGGUGCACAGGAAUGGGUCCCAUGCUUGGUGUCGCUGCAGCCGGACGGGCACUUUCGGGGUCCUGAUGGAUGCCUCCCCCCGGGAGCGGCUGGAGGGCGACCUGGAACUGCUGGCCAUGUUCACCCAUGUGGCCAUGGCAGUGUCUGUAGCUGCCUUGGUACUGACGGCAGUGGUCCUCCUGAGUCUGCGCAGCCUCAAGUCCAACGUGCGUGGGAUCCAUGCCAAUGUGGCAGCCACUCUGGGGGUGGCAGAGCUGCUUUUCCUCUUGGGGAUUCACAGGACCCACAAUCAGCUGGUGUGCACUGUGGUCGCCAUCCUCCUGCACUACUUCUUCCUCAGCACCUUUGCGUGGCUCCUGGUGCAGGGCCUGCACCUGUACCGCAUGCAGGUUGAGCCGCGCAAUGUGGACCGCGGUGCCAUGCGCUUCUACCAUGCCCUGGGCUGGGGCGUCCCUGCUGUGCUGCUGGGUGAGGCCCCACUCACUGGCCCAUUCAGGGCUGUGAUUCCCACCCUCUGUGCACCCCAUGGCCUGACUCCUGACUGUGUCCCUACUCCUGCUUACCACUCCCACCUUCAACUUUCUGAGCCAUCUGCUUGGGGAGGAGCCUGCUCACCUUCACUCCCAGCUGCUCCCCAUGCAUGUGGCUCAGUAGCUCUAGCCCUUCUCUCCCAAGGCCUUGCUGUUGGCCUGGACCCCGAGGGCUACGGGAACCCUGACUUCUGCUGGAUCUCCAUCCACGAUCCCCUCAUCUGGAGUUUUGCCAGCCCUGUUGUUCUUGUGAUAGUGAUGAAUGGGACCAUGUUUCUCCUUGCUGCCCGCACGUCCUGCUCCACUGGGCAGAGGGAGGCCAAGAAGACCCCUGUGCUCAGGACCCUUCGCAGUUCCUUUCUGCUGCUGCUGCUGGUCAGUGCCUCCUGGCUCUUUGGCCUGCUGGCCGUCAACCACAGUAUCCUGGCCUUCCACUACCUCCACGCUGGACUCUGUGGCCUCCAGGGCCUGGCAGUGCUGCUGCUCUUCUGUGUCCUGAAUGCAGAUGCUCGGGCCGCCUGGACACCAGCCUGUCUGGGCAGGAAGGCAGCCCCUGAGGAGACAAGACCAGCCCCUGGGACGGGGCCUGGGGCCUACAACAACACAGCUCUCUUCGAAGAGAGCGGCCUCAUUCGCAUCACUCUCGGUGCCUCCACUGUCUCCUCUGUGAGCAGUGCUCGCUCCGGCCGGACCCAGGACCAGGACAGCCAGCGGGGCCGCAGCUACCUCAGGGACAAUGUCCUGGUUCGACACGGCUCGGCUGCUGACCACACUGAACACAGUCUCCAGGCUCAUGCUGGCCCCACUGACCUGGAUGUGGCCAUGUUCCAUCGUGAUGCUGGUGGAGUCGGAGCCCUGGGUGCAGACUCUGACUCUGACAGUGACCUCUCCUUGGAGGAGGAGAGAAGUCUAUCCAUUCCAUCUUCAGAAAGUGAAGACAAUGGCCGCGCACGAGGGCGUUUCCAGCGUCCUCUCUGCCGAGCAGCUCAGAGUGAAAGGCUCCUCACUCAUCCCAAAGAUGUGGAUGGCAAUGACCUCCUGUCCUACUGGCCAGCUCUGGGGGAGUGCGAAGCAGGACCCUGUGCUCUGCAGACAUGGGGCUCUGAAAGGCGUCUGGGGCUGGACACCAGCAAAGACGCAGCCAACAACAACCAGCCUGAUCUGGCCCUGACCAGUGGGGAUGAAACCUCCUUGGGUCGUGCCCAGUGCCAAAGGAAAGGCAUCCUGAAGAACCGAUUGCAGUACCCUUUGGUGCCACCAACCCGAGGUGCUCCUGAGCUGUCUUGGUGCCGUGCAGCCACCUUGGGUCACCGUGCUGUGCCAGCUGCCUCUUAUGGUCGUAUCUACGCUGGUGGGGGCACAGGCAGCCUUUCACAGCCAGCCAGUCGCUACUCUUCUCGAGAACAGUUGAAUGUGCUCUUGCGGCGGCAGCUGAGCCGGGAGCAGCUGGAGGAGCUCCCUGCCCCUGUUCUGCACCCCCUGAACCGGCCAGGGUCCCAGGAAUGCCUGGAUGCUGCACCAGACCGCCAAGAGCCCAGAGAUCGGGGCAGCACCCUGCCACGGAGGCAGCCACCCCGGGACUACCCCGGUGUCAUGAGUGGCCGCUUUGGGUCUCGGGACACGCUGGACUUAGGGGCACCACGAGAGUGGCUGAACACACUGCCCCCUGCCCGCCGCACCCGGGACCUUGACCCCCAGCACCCACCUCUGCCCCUGUCUUCCCAGCGGCAGCUCUCAAGGGACCCCCUCUUGCCAUCCCGGCCCCUGGACUCUCUGUCUAGGAGCUUGAACUCUCGGGAGCAUAUGGACCAGGGACCUAAUCAGCUCCCCUCACAAGAGGCCCUUGGGCCACCCCCCCUGCUGCUCAGAGCAAGGGAGGAUCCUGCCAGUGACCCCAGCCAUGGCCCCUCCACAGAGCAGCUGGACAUUCUUUCUUCCAUCCUUGCCUCUUUUAACUCCUCAGCCCUGUCCUCCGUGCAGUCCUCAAGCACACCCUCGGGUCCUCACACCACUGCCACUCCGUCUGCCACUGCCUCUGCCCUUGGGCCUUCCACACCUCGCUCUGCCACAUCUCAUAGCAUCUCAGAACUGUCACCGGAUUCAGAAGUUCCCAGAAGUGAGGGUCACUCCUGAGGGCCAGAAGUGCAGAUGAGGAGGAGCUGCAGGGUAAUGGAAGACUUGGGCUGACUGAAGAGAUGCUACCAGUCACAGGCGGAGCCCAGAACUGCUUCCUGGGAGCCCUCCUUGGCUCUCUACUGCUGCGAGGAGGUUCCAUGCACAUCUGUGAGCAUGCAUGUAACAGGUGCCGGGGUGGGGAUUAAAGGGAGGACUUUUAUACCUUUUGUAUCUUUGUAACCAGAGAAAUAUGCUUAUGUUAUUUUUCAGCUUUUUUGUUGUGUGGGGAGGGUCUGAGGCUGGGCUGGGAGGGAGAAGGGGACAGAGGGAGAGAGCUGCAGAUGUUUUCUCUCAUCUUACUAAGGUGGAGCCAACAGGUGGGACACAUGCUCCCCCUUAUCCCACCCCACCCCUAAGUAGAGCUGAAGGUUGUCAGGGCUCAAAGUACAGAAUGGAUCUUUGGUUUCUCGAAUGCCCUGCAGAAAGUGUGGGACUGUGGGUGGAUCUUGGACACAGGGGUCUUCUGAUCCCUCACAGGGGCUUGUUCACCCCCUCCUCCCUGUGGAUGCCUGUGUGUUAUGGGGAGUCCCUGCCACAUGCUGCCUUAUACCUGGGACUGAUGCUGUGGGUGCUGGCAGAGCAGCAGAGGUCAUGUUUACAGAACAAGGCUUCCUUGGGGAGGCUCGGGCAUCUACUCACACUCCUGCAGGGGUCCCUGGCCUGCCCUUGCCUGAGCAGAAAGCCUGUGGUGCCAUUUGAUUCCCUGACACUUCCCCCAAGGGUGGGCAAGUGGGUGAGCAAAGGGAGCAGAAAUAAGAGAAUCCAAGACCCCGAAUGUAGGUGCCACCACUCUCCCGUGUGUUUACAGGAUCCUGCCUGGCCCGAGGCACCUGGGCUGCAGAAAUGACUGCUUCCCCUCCCCCUUUAUUCCCUUGUUAAGGGAAGAAAGACUGUUAGGACCCUGUUCACAAAACUCUUACUUUCCUUACUCUGAAGUUAGGAACUGGAGACUUUAGAUUUUUGUUACUUUGUUUACAGGUAGAGAUAUUUUAAAAUGUUAUACUUUGUUUACAACUUAAAACUUUGAACUUUUACACUUUGUUUACAGUUGAGCAUAUUUUUUCCCUUUGUUUAAGGUAGCAAAAGUGGGAAAGGGGGCUUAGCAGAUCCAGCCUGGCCCUGGCUGUUUUGAGGGGUUUCUAACCCCAGCUCUCCCGGGCCAGAGGUCAGCCCUGAGUCCCCCGUUUAAGAGCAAACCCAGGAGGCCUGUGAGUCCUCUUGCCUCUAGGAGCAGUGGUUGUGUAGGAUGCAGGUACCUGUAUCCCAUGCAGACUUUGGGAAGCAGUUUCCAAGGAGAUUAAAAAUUCUAUUUCACUGACUGGUGCCAGAUCCCACCAGCUAGGACUCCAGCUCUCCUUACCCAGAAUGACCCUAACCUGAAGGGCUGUGGGUAGGAGAGCACCCUUCUUAUCUUUUAGAUGCUAUAGAAGCCUCUCUCUGGGGCCACCCCCCCACCCCAGCCCAGCCCAUGCCCCUUCUUUCCUGUCUGUAUAAAUCGUUCCGUGAAGCCGCGCUCUGUUUUGGGAAUAAACUUCUAUAGAAAAUG